GGUCCCCUCCUACUCUGGAGACAUGAAAUGGACCCGACACGACAUCAUCGUCAAAGCGUCGUCCUCUCUCUCUCUCUCUCUCGGGUUUCUUUGGUAGGAGCAGCUGAAACUCCAAGAAAGCUGAUGCGGAAGCAAUCUGCUGCAACCAUAAAGAUCCAUUCUUUUAGCGCUUCUGUACGAUCACUUUCGUGGUGCACGAGGGGGGGUCUUGGGAUUUUGUUUGCUCUGAUCUCUUCCAAUGGAGCCAGCGUCUAACAACAGUCCGAAUGGGACUCUGCAAGGCUUCUCUCAUGUGACCGAUGCUCCAGUUCUUUGGAAAUCUCGAAAGAGAUCAGGUAUCGACUGCCUAAACACAAAUGCCCGGAAUUUUGACAAGACCAUGGCAGACGCUGCUGAUAAUACACCUACUAAACAAGAAGAGAUGACAAUGGACGAGAAGAUGCAGGAUUCGACACCACUGUCCGUUCUGUCUGUGAAGCGCAAAGCUCUUUUUGAGCCAUUAGAACCGAUAAAGGAUAUCAACAGUGGAAGACCAUCUGCUGAAUCCCUGCUCCCGCCACCAGAUUUCGACACAGCAAGCUAUCCACGUGGCUGGCUAGUUGGAAAGAAACGCAAACUAGUUAAUGUGGAUGUUGUUGAAAGCAUGAGAAGAAUUGCCAUUCAAGAGAUGAACAGAAAGGACCGGGAAAUUGAUGGUCUAAAUGAGCAGCUGGAAGAGGACUCUAGGGUACUGGAACAUCUUCAGCUACAGCUCCUGGAGGAAAAGAGGAAACGCGUGGAAGUAGAGAGGGAAAAUGCAAUGCUGCAGGAUCAAAUAUCAAUGCUGAUGAAUAUGAUGCAGGAGAAUGACCAGAUAGACGAAGAAAGGCAAGGCGAGCCAUGAUCACCGAGUCUUUGUUGAUAAAUAGUUUUCUCAAUUCUGGGUAAAUCUUGUUCAGUAUUCAUCUUAUAUAGCUAAAAUCGACCAUGCAUAUAUGUUAGUAAUAUCAUCAAUGGAUCCUUGUGCAUAUUAUAUCUCUAGCGAGCUCGAAUAUGCUUAACUCUGGUAGUAGUCCAACCUACAUCUGUCGAGCUGUUAAUUUGUGUAUUCUGUACCUGGUUUCAGUGAAUCCUUGUAGAUAUUGAAAGCAUAAGUUAAGUUUUUAGUUUCCUA